AGCUGGGCGAUCGUUCCGCCAGCGCAAACUACGCAUGCGUGAAGUUCAGGCUUGGGCGCUCGUUCCGCCAGCGCAAACUGCGCACGCGUGGACAUUCGGUCCGGCCGUUCCCCAGAGGGAAAAGCAGCCAAGUUGAUGCUUUAUUUUACCGCCCAACUUGCGCUUGUAAGAAAUAAAUGCUCAGAUUUUGAACAAUGGCAGGAAACAUGAUGGAUCUCAGUAAAUUUAACAUUGACGCCCCGAGAUGGGAUCAGAGCACUUUCAUGGGACGGUUAAAGCACUUUUUCAACAUCACAGACCCACGCACAGUCGGUGUAUCCAAUGCAAACCUCGAUAAGGCAAAGGAUCUGGUGGACAGAUGCAGAGCUGGCACUCUACUCCCGGGUACGACCAAGGAACAGUUGCUGUACGCAAAGAAGCUCUACGACUCUGCGUUCCACCCCGACAGCGGAGACAGGAUGAACUUAAUUGGGCGAAUGUCAUUUCAAGUCCCUGGCGGCAUGGCAAUCACUGGCUUAAUGCUACAGUUUUACAGGUCUGUUCCAGCUGUGGUAUUUUGGCAGUGGGUGAAUCAGUCAUUCAAUGCCUUGGUCAACUACACUAAUAGAAAUGCUGCAUCGCCAAUAACUGCAAAACAAAUAGGCGUUGCGUACUUAACUGCAACCAGCACUGCGCUGGCCACUGCUGUUGGAUUGAACCUCUACACAAAGAAAGCUCCACCCCUAUUGGCCCGUUGGGUCCCUUUUGUUGCCGUGGCAGCUGCUAACUGCGUAAACAUUCCAAUGAUGAGACAGCAGGAAAUUAUAAGUGGAAUCACCGUGACUGAUGAAAAUGAGAAUAAGCUGGGAGAAUCCAGGAUUGCAGCUGUAAAGGGUAUCACGCAAGUAGUGAUCUCUAGAGUUACCAUGGCCGCUCCAGGAAUGAUCAUUCUGCCCAUCAUAAUGGAAAAGUUGGAGAAGUAUCCUUUCAUGCAAAGAAUUAAGUUCUUUCAUGCCCCACUGCAAGUGACGCUGGUUGGAUGCUUCUUAAUCUUUAUGGUGCCAGCUGCAUGUUCACUUUUCCCUCAGAGGUGUUCUAUGGCAACUUCUAAAUUGGAUCCAGAGCUGAAGGAGUCAAUAACCACCAUGUACGGAGACAAAGUGAAGUACGUCUACUUCAACAAGGGACUGUAAGCUUUAGGACAUGACACCUUAGGAAGAGCAGAGGACUCCUUUAAUUUUAUGACAUCUCCACACAAUCAACGACGCUGGAAACAAUAAGAAAAGACGGCAACUGCAGUAUGGCGUUAAAACAAAACUCCCACUACCUCCAUCUCCACGGGUUGUGGUUGAGUCAUUCACUGCAAUGCAUUUAGCAUCUGUUAAUGAUUUUUCAACUGAGUAACUUGGCAGGGAAAAAUAAUAAUUCACUUCACACGCACAAGAAAGAUGAGGAACUUCAGACUGAAUCGAAUGGCCUGGAUACGCACAAGUAUAUGUACACAGUUCUUGGAAAUGGAGUUAGGUUAAAUAUGCUUCCUGGCAUUUCACCAAUUGAAAGUGGAAAGCAGAGAGGACAUUUACGAUUCACCCUCUGAAGGGAGAUAUGGGGAAGGGGUGGGCUGGUUGCAGUUAUCCAGAUCCCACAAAAUCAAAGAAUAGUUUAUUUUUUUUAUUAAUUUUACAACAUAAAAGUGGAACUGCAAUCAUAGUCAAACAGCACAGAAACAGGACCGUCGGCCCGACUCGCCUGUGCCAACCAAGAUGCCCCAUCUAAGCUAGUCUCAUUUGCCCGCAUUCGGCCCAUAUCCCUCUAAACCAUUACUGCCUGUACCUGUCCAAAUGUGUUUGUAUCUCCACGGCUGGAAGGUUCUUAGAUAGAGUCAUACAGCAUGAAAUCAGGCCCUUCGGCCCAACUUGUCUAUGCCGACCAAACUUGUCCCAUUUGCCUGCUUAGGCCCUUAUCCCUCUAAAUCUUUCCUAUCCAUGUACCUUUCCAAGUGUCUUUAAAAUUCUGUUAAAGUACCUCUGGCACCUCGUUCCAUAUACCCACCACCCUCUGAGUGAAAUUGUUGCCCCAUGGGUUCCUAUUAAAUCUUGCCCCUCUCACAAUGUGCCUUGGUCAUUAAUUCACCUAUUCUAGGUAAAAGACCCUGUGCCUUCACCCUAUCUAUUCCACUCAUGAUUUUAUACACCUCUGUAAGAUUAUGGCUCAGCCUCUUGUGUUUCAAUAAAGUUCUAGCCUGACAAACCUCUCCCUAAAUCUCAGGCCAUCUAAUAUUGGCAACAGGGUGGCACAAUGGCGCAGUGGUAGAGUUGCUGCCUCACAGCGCCUGAGACCCAGGUUUGAUCUUGACUACAGGUGCUGCCUGACGAAGUUUAUAUGUUCUCCCUGUGACCACGUGGGUUUUCUCUGGGUGCUCCGGUUUCUUCCCACAUUUCAAAGAUGUGCAAGCUUGUAGGUUAAUUGGCCUCUCUAAAUUGUCCCUAGUGUGUAGGAUCAAACUAGUGUACGGGGUGAUCGCUGGUCGGCACGGGCUAGGUGGGCCAAAGGGCCUGUUUCCACACUGUAUCUCUCAGCCAAGCUAAACAUCCUCAUGAAUCUACUCUUCAGUCGUGAUAAAUUGGCCAUCCAGUGCCUGUAUCAAACGUCCCCAGGUUAAGUGACACCAGGUUAGGCGAAGCCAUCUGACUGCACAAUUCGGGAAUAACACUCAUCGAGCUUGCGAGAUUAUCCGACUCACUUUUUCUAUGUGCCAAAAGAUGCCGGAUUAGGAAUAGAAGAUGAAAAUAGAGUCUGGAACAACUGGCCAUUCUAGACAGAGAUCAGAAAACAAUUCUGCAGACACAUGUUUGAGAAGAGCAGAAGGUUUCUUGGAAGUUUACAUCAUAUCAAGGAUCGCUGGUUGGCACGGGUUUGGUGGGCUGAAGAGCCUGUUUCCACGCUGUAUCUUUAAAGUCCUAAGACUUCUCACGAUCAAUUGGUGGUUGGAUGAGGAUGAACGAGUGAGUGGAUGGGCAGUUGUGGUAUCGGGAGGUAGGGAGCAAACUUGUAAGCAAUGUUUGUUUAAUUCUUUGAGCUUUUAGUCGUAAAAAUCACAGACAAUAACAAUGUGAAAAGGCCAAAUUCCCAAUGGUGCUAACGUCACAAGGAUCAUUAUGUGGGAUAUACACCCGUAGGUCUAUGCUAGUGACCUUUUUAAUUACAGAGAGUUGCAAUGAGAAUUAUGGAGCAACUGCUGCAUAGAAUAAGCUGGAAAUUUGCAUUGGACAAUAAAUGCUGUUUACAAUAAAA